AUGUUCAACAUGACACAAAGGGAGGUUACCAGCGAGUAUCCGAUUCCAAUCCUGCCGGUGCACUACUUCAGUUUCACUCAGCGGGAUGCGCCGUCCAAUAUCUGGUGGCGUCGCUUCUGCACGGACCCGCCUAAGUGCCAGCGUCACUCCAUGCGCUGGAGCCACGCCCAUCCAACCUGGACCUUCUGGGCACUUCCCUGGAUAGGCAAAUGGCUCCGGCGGAUCCUACGAGAUGAGACGCUGCCGGAGGCGCCGCACAUGGGUGCCCUCCGGGUGGCGGACAUUCCGGAGGACGAAGACAUGCUGAACGUGGCUGCUUGGGAGGACAAGGUUACGAAGCAGUGGUGCAAGUUUGACAACGACCGCACAGAGUUUGAGGAGAUGAUUCGCUGGGAGCCUGGCAACGCAAACAAAUGUCCCUCGGGCACUGGCUGCUCCAACAUUAUGGCCGAUGCGCGCUUCUACCCCAAGGGCGCCGCCAAGGCGCACUUUACGGCGCACAACGCCAAAGAUCCCGUUGAGACCAAAAGAUGGAUUGAUCGCAUCCAUGAGCGGUACAAGAAGGGCCUCUACCCGCCAAAGAUCAUCAUCUAUCAGGCAGUGGAAACAUGGAUUGUGGGGUAG